AUGUCUACUAAUCGCACGAUGCAUGCCGGUAGUUGGACGAAGCUCACCUUGACGGAGUUGAAGGACCUGUGUGCAGCUUGUGGCUUCUCAGUGGAAGGUAAUAAGGAAGAGCUAGGUGAAAGACUGCACGCUUAUUUUGAUAAAAGGAAAGAUAAAGGUCCAGAGGCGCAGUCGAAAGGGAGCAGUAAAGGGCAGGAACAAGGUCCCGCGGUUACUGGAGAUAGGACAGGAGAGGUAGUGGAUGUGGAUUCGGAUGAUGACGGGGGUGGUGAGGAUGAGCUGGAUGAAGACUCGCAGGAAGCUGAUAAUAGGAUUAGAGAGGAAUUUGCAACACGUUUUCGAGGGAAAGAAAAAGUUAGUUCGGUUCCGGUGGAUGUUUUCCUGACAGCUCUUAGUAGUAUUGAAAGGAAGAUGGAUAAGAGUUUUUCGGCCUUGUAUAGGGAGAUCGAAGAAGGUGAUUCGUUGGAGGAGGCUUGGCCAAAGGUAAAAUUGUCUAAACCACGUGACCAGUAUGAGUAUGAUUUUCUGGCAAAGAUUGGUAGGCGUUUAGAUAAGGUAAUAAGAAUGUUACCAGAUUCUGUUAAGAAAGAAGUUGUUAGUGUGCGUGAUGAGGUUGAAUCAAGGGCCGUUACAUUGAGAUUAGCAGAUGAUAGGGGAUGGGGAGCUGCGCUACAAAUAGUUGGAAGUAGUGAUAAGAUGAUGGAAAAGUACAAAGAUCGCAUACCUGUAAUUGGCCAGGCAGUGUAUCAUUCGCGUCCAUAUGCCAGGGGUUAUAAUAGGAAUACUAUAAGCGAAGUAAGAAAAAAGAGGAAAGAGCGCCGUCCUUUCGGGGUAGGAAUUUUUAUGGAUCCUUCGACAGACAGGGAAAUAUUACCUGCUACAACUGCGGAGUCAUUCAGUUUUUUGUAUAAAGUCAGCGGAUCGAGCAAUAAUAAUGAAAAGCCUGUCAACGAAGUGACAGGGCGAUCAUUAUUGCGAGAUCAGAUGACUUUAUGA